CAUUAUAUACUUUGACAUUGUCUUGAUUGAAUUUUAGUAUGGUAGAUAAUUCAACGAUGUCAAAACAGGGGUUUGUUUUCAACCUAUAUGAUGCCAAUUAGGGAUGAGAGAAAAUUCAAAGAGAAACACAUUUAGAGAGAAAAAAAAAAGAAGAAGGUAGAAGAUGAAGUUGCAGGGGGGUGUGUUCUUGGUGGCUAUUUUCUUCUUCCUUGGAUAUACGCAGCUGGUGAAGGGGCAACAUCAACCUCGCCCCGAUUGCCAAACUAGAUGUGGCAACCUCAAAAUAGAGUACCCUUUUGGCAUUUCUCCAGGCUGUUACUAUGACGAAUAUGAUAGUUUCAAUGUCACUUGCGACGACGAGAAAGAGAAGCUCUUCAUAGGCAUCAACGUUGAAGUGGUGAACUUUAAUCACAGCGCCCCCCAGCUAAGUGUUCUGUUUAACCGAUCCUCUGACUGCGACGACGAGCAGAGAAAUGAGACUAAUGAAACUUCCAUCUGGUAUCGGCUAGGUAGUAGUUUCUCUCUCUCCCCCAAGAACAAGUUUACUUUAGUAGGCUGUAACGCUUUAGCACUUCUGAGCACUUUUGGGAAGCAAAACUACUCAACUGGAUGCUUGUCAUUAUGCGAUUCUCAACCGGAGGCAUAUGGAGAAUGUAAUGGUGUUGGUUGCUGCAGAACAGAGGACUUCUCUGUCCCGUCGGAUAGCUAUCAAUUCCAAUAUGGCUCAGCUCGCUUGGGGAACCAAACUAUUAAAUCCGUAGAUCUAUUUAAUACUUCGGUAUAUCAAUUUAAUCCUUGCACCUACGCUUUUCUCGUUGAAGAUGGUAAGUUUAACUUCAAUUCUUCACAAGAUCUUAAGAAUCUGCGGAAUGUCACGAGGUUCCCUGUGGCACUGGAUUGGUCUAUUGGAAACCAGACAUGCGAGCAAGCUGGAAGCACAAACAUAUGCGGUGGGAACACAAAAUGUUUUGAUUCUACUCGCGGAAAGGGUUAUAUCUGCAAAUGUAAAGAUGGUUACAAUGGCAAUCCAUACCUUUUAGACGGUUGCCAAGACAUCAAUGAGUGUACAACUCGUAGACAUAACUGUUCGGAUCCUAGCACCUGUGAAAACACGCUUGGAAGCUUCCUUUGUAAGUGCCCAUCUGGUCGUGACUUAAAUACCACUACUAUGAGCAGCUGCACUGACACACGUAAAGAAGAAGAGCCUAAGUACUUAGGAUGGACUAUUGUUCAUCUUGGAACCACCACCGGAUUCUUGAUCAUCCUGCUUACCAUUAGCUAUAUAAAACAGAAAAUGAAGCACCGGAAAAACACCGAGCUGCGACAACAAUUCUUUGUGCAAAAUGGUGGUGGCAUGUUGAUACAGCGACUCUCAGUAGCAGGGCCAUCAAAUGAUGAUGUCAAAAUAUUUACUGAGGAAGGCAUGAAGGAAGCAACUGUUGGUUAUGAUGAGAGCAGAAUCUUGGGCCAGGGAGGCCAAGGAACAGUCUACAAAGGGACACUGCCAAACAACUCCAUAGUUGCUAUAAAGAAAGCUAGGCUUGGAGACAGUAGCCAAGUAGAGCAGUUCAUCAACGAAGUGCUCGUGCUUUCACAAAUCAACCAUAGGAACGUCGUCAAACUCUUGGGUUGCUGUCUAGAGACUGAAGUUCCUUUGUUGGUCUAUGAGUUCAUUUCCAGUGGCACUCUAUUCGAUCACUUGCACGGUUCUAUGUAUGAUUUUUCACUUACAUGGGAACACCGCCUGAGGAUAGCGAUAGAAGUCGCUGGAGCUCUAGCAUAUCUUCACUCCGCUGCUUCUAUUCCAAUCAUCCAUCGCGAUAUCAAAACUGAAAAUAUUCUCUUGGAUGAAAACUUAACUGCAAAAGUAGCUGACUUUGGCGCUUCAAGGUUGAUACCAAUGGAUAAAGAGCAGCUAACAACUAUGGUGCAAGGCACCCUCGGCUAUUUAGACCCAGAAUACUAUACCACAGGGCUUUUGAACGAAAAGAGCGAUGUUUAUAGCUUUGGGGUAGUCCUCAUGGAACUGCUCUCAGGUCAGAAGGCAUUGUGCUUUGAACGGCCAGAGAAUUCAAAACAUUUGGUGAGUUACUUUGUUUUUGCCACGAAAGAGAAUAGGUUGCAUGAGAUUAUUGACGACCAAGUGUUGAACGAGAACAAUCAGAGGGAAAUCCAUGAAGCUGCAAGAGUUGCUAUUGAAUGUACAAGACUGAAGGGAGAAGAAAGGCCAAGGAUGAAAGAAGUAGUUGUAGAGCUAGAAACUUUGAGCGUCAAAAUAACCAAACAUAAGUGGUCGGAUCAGUAUCCAGAGGAGAAUGAACACUUGCUUGGUAGUAACAUCGUAUCUGCACAAGGCGAUACCAUUAGCCGUGGUUAUGACAACAUCAAGAAUGUAGCAUUGCUUGACAUUGAAGCUGGCCGCUGAUAAAUUUUGUUUGUGAAAAAGUAUUGUUUAUUUCUAUAUUGUUUAUCUCCUCUUUGUCUUUCUAAACAUUUAAAAACAAGAAUAUCAAAACAUGACAUUCAACAACAUUGAGAUCCUUGUAGAUCAUCCAUAUAUAAUCAUGUUCACAAUUCUC